CCCCUUUCUAAGAUGGCGCAGGCGGAAGGCGCCUGUCACCGCCCGCUGGCGACGUCGCGACUGGAGUUGAACCUGGUGCGGCUGCUUUGUCGCUGUGAGUCGAUGGCGGCAGAAAAACGAGAUCCUGAUGAGUGGCGUCUGGAGAAGUAUGUGGGUGCCCUGGAAGACAUGCUGCAGGCUCUGAAAGUCCAAGCAAGUAAACCAGCCUCGGAAGUGAUCAGCGAGUACUCCCGCAAAGUGGACUUUCUGAAGGGCAUGCUGCAGGCUGAGAAGUUGACCUCCUCCUCUGAAAAGGCUCUAGCUAACCAGUUCCUGGCUCCUGGCCGCGUGCCCACCACAGCCAGGGAGCGGGUGCCUGCCACCAAGACUGUACAUUUGCAGUCUAGGGCACGUUACACCAGUGAGAUGCGGAGUGAGCUGUUGGGCAUGGAGUCAUCUGGAGAGCAUGAGGUGGACAUGAGGAAGCGAGCUGUGAAGGGGCCCAGACCUGCAGAUGAGAAGCAGUCAGCGUCCGAGCUAGACCUCGUCCUCCAGAGGCACCAGGGCCUCCAGGAAAAGCUAGCUGAGGAGAUGCUAGGCCUGGCCCGCAGCCUCAAGACGAACACACUGGCUGCCCAGAGUGUCAUCAAGAAGGACAACCAGACCCUGUCACAUUCACUUAAGAUGGCAGAUCAAAACCUGGAGAAGCUGAAGCUGGAGUCGGAGCGGCUAGAGCAGCAUGCACAGAAGUCCGUGAACUGGCUGCUGUGGGCCAUGCUCAUUGUCGUGUGCUUCGUGUUCAUCGGCAUGAUCCUGUUUAUCCGCAUCAUGCCCAGGCUGAAAUAAAACGAGAGCCUGCGCACCAGCCCACGUGCCCUCAGUGCCAGCGGGUGGGUGCGUGCGUGCAUGCAUGCAGGGCGGUGCCAACCAGGACACCUCUAUCCUGAAGUCAGCCUACAGCCCCUCACCUGGGCACUGUGCUCCAAAGGCCUAGGGCAGCCUGCAAUACACAGCAAAGCCAAGUCUCAAAAACAGGAAGAAAAGUUAAAAUCUGCCUGAGAAGCAGUGGAGGUCUAUUGCAGUGGCCACGAAGUCCCCCUCCCUAGGGAAGCCGACUCAGGCAGUCUCUGUGCGUUCAGGGCCGGCCUGGUAGACAUAGAAAAUUAUAGGCAGACCUGGGUAAAGACACUUGUCACAAAGCCUGACAGCCUGAGUUCCACCCCAGAGCAUGAGCAAAACAGUAAGAAUAACGGACAAAAAAGCCAAUCAAAAACUAUAUUUAAUAAAUGUAUUUACUGUAA